GUGUUUCAACCCAAAUCUCAUCUUGCCCCCUGAAAAACCGCUUCCGCGCUAUGUGGAUGUGGCUCUCCAUCUUUCUUCCAGCGGCGACCGCGACUGCGACUGACACAUGCACCGAAGGUGCCUGUGCUGCCCAGUCAGCAGCCCUGCUGCAGAGUUCCAUGGGUCCCCGGCCUCAUGUGAUUUUGCAAGAGGACUAUCGGCGGAUCACACCCUGCCAAGAUUCAAGUGCCUUUACUCCCGACAAGGACAUUAGUGGCUGGUGUGACAUGUACAACAUGGCCAGCCUACCCGGAGAAGCGAUUUGCGAAGCCACUGAGGGCUGCAGAUUUACCAGGGGCUAUUGCCAGUGUGAUGAGCCAGAGGCUUGUAGAGCAGUGGGUGCUACUUGGAAUGGAUGGACCUGUCGGGAGGAACUCUUUGGUUUGAGUCGAGAGUACAUGGAAAAGGUCAUCGAAGCCCACGUCGAUGGGGACUGCGAUGGCAAGGAAGUCUGGGGCUAUCAGGUCAAGGACAUGAUGGCCUGGCCAGCCUCGCAGUGUUGCAGUGACUUUCCCUCCACCAUGUGUGACAAGAAC